CACUUCGAUUGCGAAAAGACUCAAUUCUUCUUCCUCCCCGCUCCUUGGCAGCCGCCAUUCUCUCCCCUCAUCCUCUCCUCUCUCCAACCGCCCCCUCUUCUUCUCCCCUUCCCCUUUACCUUCGUCCUCUCCAUUUUUCCGGCGAGAAGCAGCAGCUCCGGCGCCACCCUCUUCCUCCCUCCUCUCUUCUUUCUUCCUCUCUCCCCCUCCCGACUCUUCUCCACAGAAGUCCUGCUAGGAGCAGCAGCAAACAGCAGCGCCGGCGAGGAGCACGCCAGCCGACAGCCCGCUCGUCCCCUCCCUUCUCCCGGCGAGUUUCAGGGAACCAACAACCGUCAGCAAGAGCUGGACGGCGUCCAGCGAGGCAGCAGCUCCGACCAGCGACGCAGGGACGCCGAGCAACACCUACAAAUCGGUUUAGUCAGUUUAGAGCUUUGUGAUCUUGGUUUAUUAAAUAGGUCUGCUAAGGUUCAUCUCAGGAGAAUCCAAGGAGUAUGAGAUACAAUUUCGAGGAGGAGGAUGGUGGCCGUCAAUCUGAAGAUGUGGAAUGGCUACCCUUACAGCACCACCCUGUCUUUUCUACUCCGCCGGAUAGGGAUAGGGAUGGAGACAGGGCCUUGACAAUACCCAAAAAUCUUUUAGCUUGGGACGGAGCUUCUCGUCUCUACUUUUGGGACUCUUACAAAACAUGUCUGCAUCGACUCUCUGUUCGAUUGGGUGAACCCGAUCCUACUUCUCUCCUUGCAGCUUCUCCCUCUAAGGUACUGCAAGCUGAUGUGCAAUUGAAUUCUGAGGUUCAACGAAUUUCCAUUAACAGAAAUGGAUCAGCACUGUUCCUAGUUUGCUUGGAUGGUUUAUACGUCAUGUAUCUCUGUGGGAGGACUUCGACAAAAGAAAGUACAAUUAUUUGCCGGACAGUUCUAGUUGGUUCAGAGAUCUACUUUGACAGAAACAAUGCAAUACGCACGUUGAAGGUUUGUUGGCACCCUUACAGUGACACCCAUCUUGGAAUUCUCUCUUCUGAUUCGGUUUUCAGGGUUUUCGAUUUGUCUUCGGCCCUUGGCCAGCCAGAGCAGGAGUAUUAUCUACAGCCCGUGGAGCCUGGCAGUUCGCACAAUGCUACAGCAAUCUGCCCUGUCGAUUUUUCUUUUGGGGAUGAUCAUAUGUGGGACAGGUUCAGUGUUUUCAUCUUGUUUAGUGAUGGCUCAGUUUACAUCUUAUGUCCUGUUGUUCCAUUUGGAAGUGUGUACAAAUGGGAAUCUGUACUGGAGUUAUAUAGUUAUGCUCACAUGUUUGGUCUGAAAUCAGCGAAUUCAAAAGCUGUGAAAAACUCAAAUUUGGCAAUCUCUUGGUUGGGAGCAACAUUUCCUGAACUAACUCGGGAAGAAGUUCAUGCAGAAAAUGUUGCUGUUCUUAGAGCUCAACCUUAUGCUUUAUUUGAUGCAUCAAUCUCAUUACAGGGACCUUUAAGUAAAGUAAGUCAUGGUGUUGAAGAUGACUCAGUUCAUCCUCCAGUUUUUGAAGGGCGUGCUGUCAGUUUUCUUUAUGAUUUAGUUAGCAAAGAUUCUAUCCUAGUAACUGCUUGGAGUAGGGGGCAGUUGCGGAUAGAUGCUUUAGCUGAUGAAGUGCAGCCUGUCUGGAAGGUUAGUAGUCCACCUCGGGUAUGUCUGGAUUCAACUGAUAGUAUAGUUGGGCUUGCAAUGAUUUGCGAGUCAUUGUCAAGUGACACCUCCAUUUUGAAGCUUGAUGUGCCACCAGAUCAUACUUUAUGGUUGGGGCAUCCACCUCCUCUUCUGAGGUUGGCUAUUGUGGAUUUAGCUCUGCCCAGAAAAAGCAGUUCUGUUUUAUCAAUGUUUGUUGAUCCCAUUAUUUCAGAAAGAAUAUAUUGCCUUCAUGAAGGAGGAAUUGAUUCACUAACGGUAAUUUUGUUCUGUUAUCAGGUGUACUUUGAGCUUCAACAUCAUGCACCUCAUGUAAAAAAGAUCAUUGAUGAUCAGUAUUCUCGAUUAUGCAAAGCACAGCAAAAGAUUUUGGAAGUUGAAAGGAAACAGGAAAAGAUCGAGGAUCGUGUUGAGCCUGCAGUUCGGUUUCACAGUGAGCUAGAAGAGCGCUUGCAAAGCCUUAGACACCUGCCGGCAGCACAUAAGACAUCUCUAUCUAAAGCUGAACGAGAGUUUAAGUCUGAACUUGACAGAUUUAGGGGAGUGGAGUUGGAUGCUCUACGCUCUUCUAUUGAAGCAGUAAAUGCCAGGUUGAAAAGAUACACACAUUCUCUACAGCCCAGCCAGUCAAAUGAAGAGCGACAAGUAUCAGUGAGGAGAAAAGUGCGUGUCCAAGAAAAUGAAAUGUCACUGCUGAAAGCAUCACUUGAAAAGUUGUCAGUCAUGAACAGUGAAAAUGCAAAGAAGGUUAAAGUAGUUGAAUCGGCGCUGAAAGGCCGUGAAAUAGGCACUUGAUGAUAUGUAGGAUUGUAUGUUGAUUUUUGUUUGUGAUGCACAAGUCUAAAGUUGUUGGUUAGUGUGUUGAUACCCAGCUUGAUUGCCUUUGUGACUAGUAAGUGUGUUAGGUACAAGAUGGGAUACUUUAAAGUGAUAUGAGCAUUGGAAGUAGCUUUAGGCUUUUUAUUAAUUUCCUCCACAGAUUAUACUGGCCAUUCGUUUUUCAUCCGAAUGCUAAGCACAGCGUUUUAGGUUGAUUUA